AUGGCUGACACGGCCGCCGCCCCGCUCCUGACAAGCCACAAAGCCAGGCCGUCGAUCGAUGAAACGAUGGAGGCGUACAUGGGUGCCGCCGGCGCCGGGCAGCUUCUCAAGGCCGUCUUGCUGGCCUUCGCGUGGGCGUGGGACCGUCCCGCCGUAACGUCGGUGGUCUCGGAGUGGUCACUGGAGUGCGCCGGCCCGGCGCUCGUCUCGCUCCCGGCAUCCUCGUUCUUCGCCGGAUGCCUCGUCGGCGGAUUCCUCCUCACCACGCUUGCCGACUCGCUCCUGGGCCGCAGGAAGAUGCUGCUCGCGUCCAUUGUGUCCAUGUCGGUCUCUGGCAUGGUCACCGCGUUCUCGCCGAACGUGUGGGCGUACGCCGCCCUGCGAUUCGUGUCCGGGUUCGGCAGGUCCAUGGUUGGCACGUGCACGCUGGUCCUAUCCACGGAGCUCGUGGGAAGGAGGUGGCGCGACACGGUGUGCGUGGCCGGGUUCUUCUGCUUCACCCUCGGGUUCCUGUCUCUCCCGGCGCUCGCCUACACGUUCCGGGAGGCGUCGUGGCGGAACAUGUACCUGUGGACGUCCGUGCCGUCCCUCUGCUACGCCAUCCUAUUCUACUUCGUCGUCCAGGAGUCGCCGCGGUGGCUGCUGGUGCGCGGCAGGAGGCAGGACGCCAUCGACACGCUGCAGCAGAUGCAGAUCGGCGGCAUCACGUCGUCCAGCUUCUCCAUGAUACACGCCUGUGCCGUGAACGACGACGAUGACGCGGGGGCGAGCGCGAGCAGCGUGUUCGCCACGCUGCACUCCAUGCGGGAGCGCCCGUGGGCGCUCCGGAGGCUGGCGGCGAUCAUGACGGCCAGCUUCGGCGUCGGCAUGGUCUACUACGGCAUGCCGCUCAACGUUGCCAACCUGGGCUCCAACCUCUACCUGAGCGUCACGUACAAUGCGCUGGCCGAGCUGCCGUCGUCCAUCCUCUCGUGGCUCCUGAUGGGCAGGAUCAACCGUCGGAGCUCGGUGGUCGCGCUCACGGCGGCGGCGGGGCUGUGGAGCCUCGCGUGCGUCGUAAUCCCGCAGGGCACGGCGCGGAUGGCCGCCGAGCUGGUCUCCAUCUUCGCGACGUGCACGGCGUUCAACGUCAUACUCAUGUACUCCAUCGAGCUGUUCCCGACGUCCGUCCGUAACUCGGCGGUGGGGCUGGUGAGGCAGGCGCUGGUGUUGGGAGGCGUGGCGGCGCCCGUGCUCGUCGCGCUGGGGCGCCGCAACAGUUUCUUCUCCUUCGGCGUCUUCGGGCUCGUCAUCGGCUGCUCCGGCAUGUUCGCUGCCUGCCUGCCUGCCAGAGACGAGGGGAAAGGCCAUGUCCGACACCAUGGACGAGGAAGACCACACUUGCACCUUCCACCACCACGUGGACACUAG